AAUCCUCUUAGAAUUUUAUGUAAUCUUUCUCUUUCCCUCUCCCUCUCUCAUCACAUAAACAUAAAUUUGCAUGGCUCAUCAACCCAAUGAAUGUUCAUCAAACAACAACAACAAUGAGGUGCUCACAGAUUCCGAAUCAUCAGUAGUAGACCUCGAAAAAGGCGAUAUUGAUAGAACAAAUGAUGUGUUCUUGACAUGGGAGGAGGUCGGCGUUACAGUUUCAAGCAGAGAACAUGGUCGCCGGCGGAUUCUUGAAGAUAUUACCGGCUAUGCUCAGCCUGGAGAAAUCUUGGCAAUCAUGGGUCCUUCCGGUUCCGGCAAAACUACUCUUCUCGACGCUUUGGCCGGGAGAUUAGAUUCAAGUGCUAAACAGACUGGGCAAGUUCUAAUCAACGGUCGUAAACAACCUUUGGCAUAUGGGACAUCGGCUUAUGUAGGUCAAGAAGAUGUAAUAACAUGGACACUAACUGUACGAGAAGCAGUCUACUACUCAGCUCAACUCCAACUCCCGAACACAAUGUCAUCAUCAGACAAAAAAAACAGAGCCGAAACGACGAUAAAAGAGAUGGGAUUACAAGACUCAAUGGACGUAAGAAUCGGAGGAUUCGGUAUGAAAAGCCUCAGCGGCGGACAAAAGAGACGAGUCACCAUUUGUACAGAAAUUUUAACCAGGCCGAAGCUGAUUUUUCUUGAUGAGCCGACCAGUGGACUUGAUAGUGCAGCUUCAUAUUAUGUCAUGAAAAAAAUGGCGGAUCUUGCUAGAGAACAUCGUAUGACUACUGUUGUGUCCAUUCAUCAACCUAGCGAUGAUGUUUUUCGGCUCUUUGAUAAUUUGUGCCUUCUGUCUUGCGGACGAACCAUAUAUUUCGGGCCUUGUGAUGGUGCAAAUAAGUUCUUCGAAACGAAUGGCUUCCCGAGCCCGAAUCAACAAAAUGUAUGCGAUCAUUAUUUAAGAAUGAUUAAUACAGAUUUUGAUGAGGACAUGGAACGAAGUUUUGGUGCAAAGCAAAAUAGAGAGGAAGUGAUCAACAUGCUAGUAACAUCUUAUAAAUCAUCUCUUACUUGCAAGACAAUCGGUAACAGAGUUUCAGAAAUAUGCAGAGAGGAGAGAGCAGAAUUGAAGAAAGGGUGCCAAGCUAAGUUGGUGACCCAAUGCAUAGUUUUAACAAGAAGAUCGUUCGUAAACAUGUAUCGUGAUGUAGGCUAUUACUGGCUUCGAUUGGCUAUUUAUGUCAUGUUGGGCGUAGGAUUAGGGUCUGUUUUCUUCAAUAUUGGCUCUGGUUACAGUUCAAUACAAGCAAGAGGCUCACUGCUUAUGUUCAUAGCUUCUUUGUUGACACUUAUGGCAAUAGGAGGUUUCCCAUCAUUUGUGGAGGACAUGAAGGUGUUUCAAAGAGAAAGAUUGAAUGGACAUUACCAACCAUCAGCUUUUGUUAUUAGCAACACAUUUUCCUCAACACCAUAUUUACUUCUAAUAUCAAUCAUACCAGGAGCAAUUACUUACUAUCUAGUUGGUCUCCAACAACAAACUUCACAUUUUAUUUACUUCACAUUAACACUCUUCGCUUGUAUGAUGCUCGUCGAGACCUUAAUGCUAAUCGUUGCGAGCAUCGUUCCGAAUUUCCUUAUGGGUCUAAUAACCGGAGCCGGAAUUCAAGGCCUAAUGAUGCUUAGCGGCGGGUUUUUUCGGUUACCUAAUGAUCUUCCUUCAAUCUUUUGGAAAUACCCUCUUUAUUACAUUGCCUUUCACAAGUAUGCAUAUCAAGGAUUGUAUAAGAAUGAGUUUGAAGGACUAAUUUUUCCAAGUGGUAAUUUUGGAGGACCUGAUUUUAUAAAUGGAGAAGAAAUUUUGAAGAAUAUAUGGCAAGUUGAAAUGGGUUAUUCAAAGUGGGUUGAUCUUGCUAUAUUGUUUGGUAUGGUGAUUGUGUAUAGAGUUGUGUUGUUAAGUGUACUUGUGAUUAGAGAAAAGAUUAAGCCUAUUGUUAGGGAAACUAAAUUUGUUUGUUUGAGACCUACAAAAGGAAUUAAUUCUAGCUAAUUUAAGUGUGCUAUUUAAGUCUUUGGAUGA